CAAAUUUCUCUUCCUUCAGCACAAGAGGUUCCUACGCUGUGACGAGGUUUCUCUAGCCUUGCGAAUCAUGGUUUUCUGCCGUGAGAUGGUAAAAAUAUCACCAUCAAUAUGAUAUUCAACGCUGGGUUAGAAGGCUUCAACGUCGACCCGUCGAUUCUCAUCCUCUCUGCCAAGGUCGGCCUUCUCACCACGGAGGCUCCUGAUAGCGUCACUCUCGAUGAUCUCAAACUACACGGCACAAUCGAACACGACGCCUCCCUCCCCCGCUCGGACUACCUCCUCGGCUAUAACCUUCACUUCAACGAGACGAUCUACACCACGCUCACCCAGUCCAACCCCGGUGUGGACUACUUCAACGCCACCUCCGUGGGGCAAGUCCAGAAGCAGCGCCUGGCGGACGACACGCUCGCCAAUCCCAGGUAUCAUCAAUGCCAUCAAGGAGUUCACGAUACGCACCCGCGAGUCUGCGCUUUAUCUGAAUGUGAUGGGUGAUCCAGUGACGGAUGUCGCGCCCGAGGAGUACGUUUGACCGACCGAGUUGUAUGUUGUGGGAUGCUGAAUGAUUUUUUUACUGGAUGGGUUCGUGGAUAUAUUUUUCCGCGAGGAGCGUUUGCCUGUUGAGGAAGGGUGGACCAUGCGAUCACAGCUGAGUCGAUCUCUCUGAUUGCGGCUGUCAUCCAGGAGACUUCGGAGUGGGUUAAUAAUGGCGGAUGUCCCAUUAUUCGGGCUAAUGCUAAGAGCAAUCUUUCGUCUUACCCGUAGAUGGUAUAUAUACCUGUAUUUUGGUGAAUGAAACGAGGACACCACGUUAACGAGUGGCUUGUAGAUCUGCGAAUACUAC